AUGACGACCCGCACAAGAAAAGUUGUAGCCACCAGAGACGGGAUCAAAUGGCACGUCGAACAAGAAGGCUCCGGUCCAGAUAUUGUGUUAGUUCCGGACGGCUUGGGCGAAUGUCAAAUGUUCGACAAACCCAUGUCCAUGAUCGCUGCGAGUGGCUUCCGUGUCACGACGUUCGAUAUGCCAGGAAUGUCCCGAUCAAAGGUCGCGCCUCCAGAAACGUACCAGGAGAUCACAGGCCACAAAUUGGCGACGUUUGUCGACGGGCUGCUGGAGGAGCUGAACAUCCCAGUCGCUUCCUUCUGGGGCUGCAGCUCGGGUGCGUCGACGGUACUUGCUCUAUGCGCGGCCUUUCCAGAUCGCGUGCGCAAUGCGAUGCCGCACGAGCUGCCGACGAAGAACCCAGAAGCUAUUACCGACAUCCAUGAGAAAGACCCCGCUGAGAUCACUAGAGAUAUGGAGGCCACCACGAAGGCCAUGUCAGGCAGCGUUGAGGCAUGGGACGCCCUUGGGCCCGAAGUUCACGCCAGGCUUCGUGACAACUAUGUUCGCUGGGCAUACGGAUAUCCGGCCACUAUCCCCGCCUCUGCGCCCACGAAGCCAGAAGACUUGCAUAAGAGGCCGGUGGAUUGGACCGUUGGCGGCGGCACACCCACUGCUUUUUUCUUCGACAACAUUGUCAUUGCUGUGAAGGAGGGCUUGAAUAUUGGACUGCUUCCAGGCAGCCAUUUUCCUUACGUGUCUCACCCCGAGGUGUUUGCCAAGCAUGUAGUGGAAACGUGCCAGAAGUAUACCUAG